AUGUCAACUGCACGUGAGUGUCUUGGACCACUCAUCUCCUACCUUCCCUACCCGAACUUUACCCGUGUGCAGGAGAAUGUCAUCCCGACGUUACUCCAGUGUGAUGCCAACGUCGUCGUAGCCGCACCGACUGGCAGCGGGAAGACUGCCCUUUUGGAGGUGGCGAUGCUGCGCCUAUUUCGGGACCGUCUUCUUCCCAACUCCUCAAACGCCGGCAGCGCGGUCGGUUGCGAGGGUGCAUCGGAGAGUAAAGCCGUAUACAUAUGCCCAAUUAAGGCACUUGCCAGCGAGAAGUAUGGAAUAUGGCGGGAAAUGUUUCCAACUCUUUCUGUGGCUCUUGAAACAGGGGAUCAAGAGCAGUCACGAGGGCAAGAGGGUGGAUUACUCGAAGUUCCCAAUGCAGAUAUUAUCAUUACAACACCAGAGCGAUGGGACAGCAUCACGCGUAGGUGGAAAGAAGGGGUGAUUUGGAGUUUGGUGGCAUCGGUUGCUCUGCUACUUUUGGACGAAGUACACACCGUGAGCGAAGAAAGAGGGGCCGCAUUGGAGGCGGUUGUGAGUCGCAUGAAAGCCAUUAAGGCUUCCAUGAGUAGUCGUGGACCUCGUUUCUAUUCCACUCGGUUUGUUGCCACCAGUGGUACGCUUCCCAACAUUGAGGACUUUGCGGAAUGGCUUCAAGUGGAGCCUGGUGGUGCUUUCUCCUUCACCUCCGCAGACAGGCCUGUGCCGCUGACAUUACGAAUUCUGUCGUACCCAAGCACCUCCAAUAAUCCCUUUGCGUUCGAUCGUUUUCUUUCAUUUAAGUUGUUUGGUCUCAUACGACAAUUCAGCGCGGGCAGACCAAGCAUUGUUUUUUGCGCCUCACGCAAUGAGGCGAUUAAUUCAUCAUUGAGGGUUGUGGCGGAUGUGAAGGAGACGGCCUCAAGAGA